AUGGCAAUACUGGACAAGAGCAGAGGGGGAUACCGAGUGUUUGUGGGGGACCUCGGCAGCCGCGUGGGCAAGUAUGACCUUGAGCGGGAGUUCCAGUAUUUUGGCCCCAUCCUUGACGUGUGGGUAGCCAGGAAUCCCCCAGGAUUCGCAUUUCUAGUGUACAAGUAUGGUGACGAUGCAGAGAGAGCAGUGAGAAAACUUCACGGAAACAUGGUGUGUGGACGUCGUGUGCGUGUGGAACAUGCCAUUCCUUAUGAAGAGAAAAAAGCCAAUAGGUUUGAUCAGCAUUCAUCUAGACACAGAACAUAUCAAAGAUCUCACUCAAGGUCACGAUCUCCAAGGCAACGAAGAUCUCCAUCACCAAAAAGAAAAACUUCAAAGACACGUUCAACAUCGAAAGACAGGAGAUCUAGGUCAAGAUCAAGAAAACGAGACAGAUCAAGGUCAAGAAAAAGAGACGGAUCUGGGUCAAGGUCAAGAAAGCGAGACAGAUCUGGGUCUAGGUCAAGAAGAAGAGAUAGAUCUGGGUCAAGAUCAAGAAAAAGAGACAGAUCUAGGUCAAGAUCAAGAAAGAGAGGUAGAUCUAGGUCAAGGUCAAGACAAAAGGACAGAUCUAGCUCACGGUCAAGACAGAAGGACAGAUCAAGAUCAGCAAGCAAAGAUCGAAGAUCUAAUAGAAAAGGGAGGUCAAGGUCAAAAUCUAGGUCAAGAUCCAGCACGAAGGAGAAAAAUAAAGACCAGUCAACAGAAGAGACCUCAGAUUCCGCAGGAGAGAAGAAGUAUACCAAAGAUAAUAAAAGGUCAAAAUCCAAGUCUCCUGUAAAAGACAAGCCACAAGAAGAGAGCAUUACAGAGACUCAGCAAAAUGAUGGUGCCAAUGAGAGUGAGCAGAAUUUGAGAUCAAUUGAUGCUGAGAAUGGUCAUGAACCUGACACAAAGAGCACAAAUUCUGAGGAGGGUCAAGGAAUGGACAGAGGAGAGGGUGACACAAAGGAAACAGAGAGGAAUGGUGGAAAAUCAAAAAUAAAUGAAAAGAGAGAAGACAAUACUAAAGAGAAGCAUGGGAUGGACAAGUUUGAUAGAAUUAAAAAGGAAGACAGCCCCAGCUCUGAGAGUUCAUCUGAUGAAAAUUAGGAAAAUGUGGUUAACCAAUCAAAUGUCUCUAUGAAUUCAUCCAAUCAGUUAACUCAAUUUCUGAUGACAAAUGACCAAUCAGAUGUAUUUAUUUUUGUACAUGUAUUUGAUUAUUGAAUCACAUGGGUGUUACUGGUUUGGAUAUAAGACUUUCCUCUAAGAGUGUUAGUGAAUAGUGAGUUUAAGGUAGAUGACCUAUUAGUGAAUAGAGAGUUUAAGGUAGAUGCACCCUUUCUUCUUCUUCUUUGUUCUCUUCUUAUUCUUGAAUAAUAAAUACAUGCAUAUUUUCAGGAAGCUUAACUUUCAAGAUUAUUUUAUUCCUACUGUCUUAAUCAUCCAUAUUAUUUUCUGUUUUAUGAAAACAUCUGCAUUUUGAAAUGACUCUUUGAUUAUCAGGGUCACUGUGUGGUUGUGAGUGUAAGCAUCAAUAUAAGGUAUUAUAUUGCAGAAUUUUAUCUGACAUUAUUAACCUUAUACAGUGGGAAGAUUCAAAAAUACUGCUGAAAUCAAAACCUCAAUUUUUGUCCC